AUGAAACAACUGAAGCAGAAUGCAACUGAAUCCAGCCAAGGGUUUCUUGUUCCAAUGGAUGAUGAUGAGGUCAGAGUUGAUGCAUGUGAUGAUGAAGCCAAUGGGACUUAUUGUUUCAAGGCAGAAAUAUCGACAUUGGGGAGUCGGCUGAGGAUCCAUUUUGGUUUUAUUGGCUGCCGAAUUGUGCAUGCCGAUGGCUCUGAGGCACGGGAAUAUAUUGCACGUUCUAUACGUCAGGCCAUGGAUUCUGUCAAGGAGAAGGCUUCUAUCUCGCCAGAAUACUUGCCGGCGUUUCCGAAGUAG